AUGAAGCUCUGGAGAAGGGCUUCUGGGACUUUGAAAGACAAGAACAGCAUGUUGAUUGCAAGUCUGUCAAGUAGGAAUGCUCCCUGGAACCCAAGAUUUGAGGUGACAAUCAUAAAAGCUACAAGCCAUGACGAAUCAGAAGUGGAUUAUGAGAACAUCAAACGAGUCUUUGCAUGGCUGCAUGCUUCUCCAGCCUACCUAAAGCCUCUUCUCUCUUCUCUCUCUACGCGUCUGCAGAAGACAUGUAGUUGGGUGGUGGCCUUAAAGGGUCUGGUGCUCAUGCAUGGUGUUCUCCGUUGUAACAUCCCCGCUGUGCAGAACAUCGGUCGCUUGCCAUUUGAUCUAUCGAAUUUCAGAGAUAGUUACAGGAAAUCAGGAAGAACUUGGGGUUUAAACACUUUUGUUCAAUCUUACUUUGCGUUUCUGGAUCAAACAUCUGCCUUCUUGUACAUGGAACGGAAGGAAGAGAGCAAAGAAACAGAAUCAGCCCUGGUGCAAGAGCUUGUGAAGCUGCAGCAAUGGCAGUCAUUGCUGGGUAUCUUACUUCAAAUCAGACCACAGGCCAAGGAAAUGGAUAUAGCUCUUGUCUAUGAAGCUAUGAACUGCGUGAUCAUCGAGAUUUUCAGUUUCUACAACAGAAUCUGCAAUAGGGUCGCAAGAGUUCUUACCGGGAUAUAUGCAGCUGAAAAGGUUGAAGCAGCCAUGGCACUUGAGAUUCUUCAGAAAGCAUCACAGCAGCGUGAACAACUCGCUCUAUAUUUAAAUUUCUGCAGGAAGAUUGGUGUUUUCAAUGAGUCAAAAUUCCCAGAAGUUGAACAGAUCCCAAAAAAGGAUAUCCAAAAGCUUGAGCGGAUUGUCAGUGGAGUCUCAGAAAAUCAAGCCACGGUAGUGAAGACAAUUGAACCCAAAGAGGAGCAGGAGGAACCCAAGAGGGUUUUAAAGACCAUAAUCACUGAAACGUGGGAGGUUUUUGAUGAAGACCCAGACAGCAAUGGAAUUGGCUUCUCUAAUAUUCCAGGAAAAACAACUGUUGGGCAAAAUCCUUCUGCAGCUCCUUUGAAAUUUCCACCCAACACACAUGGCCAGAAAUAUGAUUUCCCAGAUUUAAUAAGUUUCUUGUAG